CCUCUCAUCUCCGACCGACCCAUACCUCCUUUGUCCUCCUUUCCCUUUCGUCCACCUCGUAUCUUGCAAAAUGGCACCGCAACAGGGAGGCUUCAGCUGGUCGAACAUCGCUGUAGGCAGCUUGAUGAACCUCUUCGAGGUCACGACCCUCGGCCAGCCCCUCGAGGUGACCAAGACGACCAUGGCCGCCAACCGUUCGCUCACUAUGGCUCAGGCGCUCAAGGAGGUCUGGUCGCGCGGAGGUGUGCUCGGCUACUACCAGGGCCUUAUCCCGUGGGCUUGGAUUGAAGCCUCGACCAAGGGAGCCGUGCUCCUCUUCACAGCUGCCGAGAUUGAGAAGACCGCAGUCAAGUCUGGUAUCGGCGCAGGCUCUGCUGGUCUGCUCGGCGGUAUGGGUGGUGGUAUUGCUCAGGCGUAUGCAACCAUGGGAUUCUGCACUUGCAUGAAGACCGCCGAAAUUACACGCCACAAGCAAUCAGCCGCAGGCAUCAAGCCCCCCGGCACCUUCCAAGUCUUCAUGGACAUCUACCGCAAGGAGGGUAUCGCCGGAAUCAACAAGGGAGUCAAUGCCGUCGCUCUUCGUCAAUGCACCAACUGGGGUUCUCGCAUGGGUUUCGCCCGUCUCGCUGAGGCGCCCGUCCGAUCCUUUAGCGGCAAGGGAGAGAAGGAGAAGCUCAGCCCUCUCGAGAAGAUCUUCUGUUCGUCCAUUGGCGGUGCCCUCGGCUGCUGGAAUCAGCCUAUUGAGGUGGUUCGUGUAGAGAUGCAGAGUAUGGCAAAGGCAGAAAAGACCGUUGAGGGAAGGCCGAACAAGCCGGGCGUCUUUGGUACGCUGGGCUACAUUUACAGGGAGAACGGCAUCAAGGGGCUCUACAGGGGUAUCUCCCCUAGGAUUGCGCUGGGUAUUUGGCAAACCGUCUGCAUGGUCGCCCUUGCCGAUCACGUCCGUGGGUGGGUCAGCAACGUCAAUGAGAAGGGAGUCAAGGCUGCUGUCGAGGAGGCUGCUGAGGAUGCAAAGGCCAAGGCAGACAAGCUCAAGGAGGUCACCAAGACCAACUAAGCAGCGUGGUGGUAAUGGACGCUGCAGUCGCGCAAGGGUAGAGGCAGCACGAUGAAGCGGGGCAAGGCCUUUGUUUGGCAGCGCAGGGGAGCUGAGAGGAUCCACGACGAAGAAUAGCGCAAGGAGUAGGAGGUAGAAGGACAAAAGCGAGACGAUGGCCGACGAGAAGCGCACGAUGGAGCGCUCUCGACGUAAUCUCCAACCGCCUUCAUCCAGCCUCGAGGAUCGACGAUGAACCACGAUCAAUAGAGAAGCGGUUCCUGCACACACACACACACACGCACACACACUUUAGCUUCCUCCGCCCAUCUACCCUAUCGCUCUUUCUAGAUGGCUCUCUCUUACUUUCCCAAAAUGGUCACUCGAUUCCUGAUUCUGAACGGCUGCGAGUGGUGAUGCAUUGGGUAUCAAUCAAUCGCUCUUCCUUCCCUCUGA